AUGAAGAUCCCGCAGAAGAUUCAGGCGGCAUUAGAUGAGGGAAGGAAGGUAUUCUCGUUCGAGUACUUCCCUCCCAAGACCGCGGAUGGCGUGGAGAAUCUGUUUGAUCGCAUGGAUCGCAUGGUCGCGUACCAGCCUGCGUUCUGCGACAUCACGUGGGGAGCAGGCGGAUCGACGGCGGAUCUCACCCUAGAGAUCGCCACUCGCAUGCAGAACAAUACCUGCGUGGAGACGUCGAUUCAUCUGACGUGCACCAACAUGCCCGUGGAGCGCAUCGACCACGCGCUGGAGCACAUCAAGAAUCUGCGUGGAGAAAUCUGCGUGGAGACGUCGAUGCAUCUGACGUGCACCAACAUGCCCGUGGAGCGCAUCGACCACGCGCUGGAGCACAUCAAGGCCGCCGGCCUGCAGAACGUGCUCGCGCUGCGCGGCGACCCCCCGCACGGCCAGGACAAGUUCGUCGCGGCGGAGGGCGGCUUCUCUUGCGCGCUCGACUUGGUGAAGCACAUUCGCGCCAAGUAUGGCGACUAUUUCGGAAUCACGGUUGCUGGAUAUCCAGAGGCGCAUCCUGACGCCAUCAGCGGCCCUGACGGUGCGACGCCAGAGGAGUAUCAGAAGGACCUGGAGUACCUCAAGGCCAAGAUGGACGCGGGCGCGGACCUGAUAGUGACGCAGCUGUUCUACGACGUGGACAUCUUCCUCAAGUUCGUGUUGCUCCCCAUUGCCCUCUCCCCUUCAAACCUGUUGCUGCUCUGUAUGGAUGCGGGCGCGGAUCUGAUAGUGACGCAGCUGUUCUACGAUGUGGACAUCUUCCUGAAGUUCGUGGCGGACUGCCGCGCCAUGGGAGUGAGCGAGCCCAUCAUCCCGGGCAUCAUGCCCAUCACCACGUACGGCGGCUUCAAGCGCAUGACCGCCUUCUGCAAGACCAAGGUUCCCCAGAGCAUUCUGGACGCGUUGGAGCCGAUAAAGGAUAACGAGGAGGCUGUUAGGGCGUACGGCAUCCAACAAGGCACGGAGAUGUGCCGGCGCAUUCUGGAUGCGGGCAUCCACACCCUCCACAUGUACACGCUCAACCAGGACAAGACCACCAUCGCCAUCCUCAAGGUACAGUUGGGGACAAGACCACCAUCGCCAUUCUCAAGGUGUGACCUGGCUGGGUGCGUGCUUUCGGUUAUGCGCGUGGGAGUGGUGGGAAGGGAUGUGGGCAUCCACACCCUUUACAUGUACACGCUUAACCGGGACAAGACCACCAUCGCCAUCCUCAAGGACAAGACCACCAUCGCCAUCCUCAAGCUGAGUUUGGUUGGGGUGGGGAACCUGGGGCUCAUAGAGGCGUCCAACAUCCCUCGUGCGCUGCCGUGGCGGUCAGCAACCAACAUCGUCCGAUGCACAGAGGACGUGCGCCCCAUCUACUGGUCCCUGCGUCCCAAGAGCUACCUGGCGCGCACAGCAUCGAGGACCAAGCUCCCCUCUGGCCGCCUGGGCCCUGCAGAGGCGCUGUCCCUGCGCCCCAAGAGCUACCUGGCGCGCACGGCAGCGUGGACCAAGUUUCCCUCUGGCCGCCUGGGGCCUGCAGAGGCACUCUCUUACAGCGACCUGCCCGCCAAGCACAGGGCGUUCCUCAAGAGGAAGUCGCGGGCUACGGCUCUUGCUAGGGACUGGGCUGUUCCCGUUGCUUCCACUGAAGACGUCAAGCAGCUCUUUGCUCGGUUUGUGAGUGGCGAGGUGAGCAGCUUCCCCUGGAGCGAGGCGGUGGAGGCCUCCCUCUCUGCGGACUCAGCUCCCAUCAGUGCUCAGCUGCAGGAGUUGAACGCGGCUGGACUGCUCACCAUCAACAGCCAGCCCGCUGUCAAUGGCGCCAAGUCCGACGACCCUGUUCUUGGUGAGUGUGCUGUGCUGGGUGCUGAGACUGCGGCAGAAGGCUCUGCUUUGAGUGGGUGGGUGCUGAGACUGCGGCAGAAGGCUGCUCUCCUUGAGAAGGCCAAAGCCACUCCCUCCAUCUCCCUCAUGGCUGUCAACUCGCAAGGCAUCAUGUGCUUGCCACGGGCCCAUGUGUAUUGGUCUACCUUACCAGUGUCUCCAUCCCCCUCUCCCUUUUUUUACUUUUGCACCCCUUGUUUCCCUCCAGGGUGGGGAGGCCCCGGGGGGUACAUCUACCAGAAGGCAUACGUGGAGUGCUUUGCCCCGCACGACAAGGUCACCACGCUCCUGGAAAAGGCCAAGGCCACGCCCUCCAUCUCCCUCAUGGCGGUCAACUCGCAAGGCCACGUGCUCGCCACCGGCCCUGGCACUCCCGCCUCCACCACGCCCUUCUCUGCGAACGCGGUCACGUGGGGGGUGUUUCCGGGGAGGGAGGUGGUGCAGCCGACGGUGGCGGAUUUCAUGUCGUUUCUGGCGUGGAAGGAGGAGGCGUUUGGUGCGUGGGUGGAUGACUGGGCGGGGCUUUACAAGGAGGAGGAUGAGGGCACACCCUUGGCUAAAAAGCUGCUGCAGGAGAUCCACGACACCUAUUACCUUGUGAGCGUCGUUGACAAUGACUACGUCAGCGAGCCCCCUUCCCAAGAAAGUCGAGGUGGUGAGAGUCGUUUGACGCGCUUCGAAGGGCUAAGCAGGAGCGGCAUCAGUUGUACUAGGAGCGCGAGUAGCAGCGGCAUCUCCGAGGGAAUUUGCGGCGGAAUUUACGGAGGUCAUGCGACGGGCGCGAGGCGGAUAAACACACGCGCGCACGCGCCGCCGCCGGUUUUCACGGGCGAGCAGUGGACGACGGCGCACGCGUUCACGGCUGCUGAGGUGGCAGCGUUCGCGCACAUGACGGGCGACCUGAACCCCAUCCACCUCGACGCGCGCGCGGCGGAGGCGGCGGGAUUCGCGGAGUGCGUGGUGCAUGGGAUCCUGGCGGCCAGCCUGUUUCCCGCUCUCAUCGCGAAACACCAUCCAGGCGCCAUCUACGUUUCUCAGACGCUGCGCUUCCUGGCGCCCGUGCACGUGGGCGAGCAGGUGACUGCAACAGUGGAAGCAAUAUCAGUGGUGGCACACCGACACAGAUUCAGAGUCACUUUCGCAUCCAAGGCAUUCAAGACGCCGCGUGUCACGCCAGCAGCAGCAGCAGCGGAUGCAGGAACGCCGGGGGAAGCGGCCUCACCUCGCCCCGUGCUGGCGCUGGAUGGCAUUGCCGUCGCCAUCAUCCCUCCCCUCAACAAAGACCCUCCAAAGCCCAUGGAGUGUAGAGACGACUUGUUGCGUACUGGUUUGCAAUCACUGUAG